AAAGGGCAUCAAACUCUUUUAGUCUUUGCUUGGUAUUUAUUAUGUAUUGAUCUGUGUAUUAAAAAAUAGCAUAAAUUAUGUAGCACAACCAGCCUAUUUCAUUAUUUUCGAUUAGUCCCCUUUCGUAACGUUUGUAUAAUCUUGUGUUCGGAUUAUUCUGAAUUCAGUGCACUAAAAGCUCAACGUUAAGUAUUGAUUUAAUCUUAUAUUUUGACAUAGAUUAAACGCAUAUAAUAAAAUUAGUCUGUGUGUGUACUGUGUAGACUUUAGAUCAUAGAUUAUACACUUAAUAUAUACGAGAUUUAGAUCACUAACGUCAUUUCCACCAAAGUAUAAAUUUCGUUUAAAACUAGUUUCUAAUAAUAUUCUGAAAUAUAAUAACAACUAAUAAUUAUGUACGGUAGUGUUCCGUUAAUUGUUAGGUUACUAGCUUCGUCAGUAUCAGUUGCCAACCGAGCUGGGAAAAUCGUUCGCGAUGUAAUGAGCAAAGGGGAACUUGGUAUAGUGGAAAAGGGUAAAGACGACUAUCAAACAGAAGCAGAUAGGUCUGCUCAACGCUGUAUUGUUGCAUCACUUGCAGCUCAAUAUCCUAACUUAAAAAUAAUAGGUGAAGAAGAUAGUUUGGAGGAUGAGGGUGAAGUUGUGAGUGAUUGGUUAGUGAAUGAAAUAGAUAAGGAAAUAUUAAAAUUACAAUGUCCUCCAAAUCUUCAAGAAGUCAAGGAAGAGGAUAUUGUAGUGUGGGUGGAUCCACUUGAUGGAACUUCAGAAUAUACUCAAGGUGCCCUAAUGUUGAAGAGAGAUCCAUGGGAAAGAUGGAAAAUGUACUUAACACAUCCAUUUAUUAGUAUGAAGUGGUAUUUAAGCUUACUACAAAACAAUUAUGGAUUCUUAGAACAUGUGACUGUACUAAUUGGUAUAGCUGUGAAUGAGACACCAGUUGCUGGUGUCAUCCAUCAACCAUACUAUAAAAAUAUAGUUGAAGGUGACAAGAAAAUCGGUAGGACAAUUUGGGGACUGCAUGGUGUGGGUGUAGGUGGAUUUACCCCGGCUCCUCCUCCUGAAUCCAUCGUAAUUACAACUACUAGAAGCCAUUCGAAUCCUGUUGUGGAGGAGGCACUAAAAGUUAUGAAUGCUUCAAAGGUGCUUAGGGUUGGUGGAGCUGGUUACAAGGUCCUGCAAUUAUUAGAAGGAAAUGCAUCAAUAUAUGUUUUUGCUAGUCCCGGCUGUAAGAAAUGGGAUACUUGCGCACCUGAAGCGAUUCUUUCCGCAGCAGGAGGGAAAUUGACUGAUAUACUUGGUAACUUUUACAAAUAUGGAGCAAAUGUUACUAAACCAAAUAAAACUGGUGUGUUAGCUGCAGUUAAUAACGAACUACACAGUUACGCUUUAGAAAGAAUACCUGAAAAACUACAAGAAACUUUAGCAAAUAAGUAGGUUUGUACAUAAUUGUAUGACAAUUAAUGAAAAUCAUAAAUGUUUAUUAUAAAAUUGUAUUUAACAAACAAAUGAAAAGAUAACAUUGUGAAUAAAUUAUGGUUCAAAACUAUUACAUGGCA